CCCAACUCGUUCAAAGUGCAAUAUUGCUGUGUGAUUUUACAUUAUUCACGUGCUUUAGAUAGAUGACAACACAAUUUACUAUCAAGACAGAUAAACAGAAGUGAAUUUUUUUAAUUUUCUUCGUCUAAUCUAUUAGGUUUAACGAGUGUGACAAGUGUAACUCCCAUCUCGGCAUCUGUCAAUCUCUUUAACACGGAUGUUAAUAUACAAACAACAUUUCCAAGAAUAACACGUUUUGAGAAGAAGCUUUCAUAGAUAAAAAUGAGUGGUUUCAUUGGAAAACUGGUACGAAAGAAGUAUAUAGACAUAUCAACAGUGACAGAUACCAAGUUAAACAGAGUUCUAAAUACAUUUGAUUUAACAGCUUUAGGUAUUGGCAGUACCUUGGGUGCUGGUAUAUAUGUUGUUGCUGGACAGGUUGCCAAGGAGAAAGCAGGACCUGCUGUUGUGUUGUCAUUUUUCAUAGCUGCCGUGGCAUCAGUUUUGGCAGGUCUUUGUUAUGCAGAAUUUGGUGCACGUGUACCUAAAACAGGAUCUGCCUAUGUGUAUAGUUAUGUUACAGUUGGAGAGUUCAUAGCUUUUAUUAUUGGAUGGAAUCUUAUACUGGAAUAUGUCAUAGGUACAGCCAGUGUUGCCAGAGCAUGGAGUUCUUACUUUGAUUCACUCAUCAACAAAACCAUCCAGCAUUUCUUUCAGGACAACAUGCCGAUGAAUGUCGGAGGACUGUCACCUUAUCCUGAUUUCUUUGCUUUUGGUAUAACUUUACUGCUAACAUGUAUUUUAGCUAUUGGUGUGAAAGAAUCGUCUACAUUUAACAACAUAUUUACCGGAGUGAAUUUAUUGGUUGUUCUUUAUGUUAUCGUGUGUGGAGCAUUUAAGGCUGAUACUCAUAACUGGAGUCUUACCAGAAAUGAGAUUGGUAACUCAACAGUUUAUGGGAAAGGAGGAUUUAUGCCUUAUGGGUUCUCUGGAAUGAUGGCAGGGGCAGCUACCUGUUUUUAUGCCUUUGUAGGGUUUGAUUGUAUAGCAACCACAGGAGAAGAAGCAAAAAAUCCACAGAAAGCUAUUCCAAUUAGUAUUGUUGUGUCUUUAUUUACUAUUUUUCUGGCAUACACUGGAAUGUCUAUAAUUCUGACCUUGAUGUGGCCAUAUUAUGACCUUGACAGUGAUGCACCAUUACCGGAGGUGUUCCAUAAUGUAGGAUGGGAUGUGGCAAAAUAUGUAAUUGCUGUUGGUGCCGUCUGUGGACUUUCCACAAGUUUACUUGGAGCCAUGUUUCCAUUGCCAAGGGUGAUAUAUGCCAUGGCAUCAGAUGGAUUGGUAUUUAGAUUCUUAUCUAAUGUCAACAAGAGAUUUCAGACUCCAUUAAUAGCAACGUUCAUCUCAGGGUUACUAGCAGGUGUUAUGGCAAUGUUAUUUGACUUACAAGAACUGGUAGAUAUGAUGUCUAUAGGAACAUUACUGGCUUAUACAUUAGUAGCAGUUUGUGUGCUAAUUUUAAGAUACAAAGUAAAGUGUUUUGCAUUCAAACACAAGGUUGAAGUUUAUAUUGAAGAGGAAGAUGGGCAACAUGAUCCUUCCAGCAAAGACCAUUUAUUAGGCAACAGAAGCAAGAAAAAAGAAAUAACCAGUAGUUAUCUUAAAAAGAUGUUUGUUAGAGAUAAAAAUCAAAAGACUCCAACUAAAGAAACAGAAAAAAUCACAGAGUAUAAUAUAGCAAUAAUAGUUUUACUAAUAGUAAUUUUAAGCCUCAUUUUGGUGGUAGCAGAGGAUAGUUUAUCAGACAGUAAGGCGUGGGCUAUUGUUUUAGCUGCAAUAUUUGUUAUCGCUAUAUUUGUAAUGGUGUAUUCUAUAUGGGUUCAGCCAGAAAAUCAGGAUGCUAUACAUUUUAAGGUUCCAUUGUUGCCAUUUUUACCUGUGAUCAGUAUUUUUAUAAAUAUCUACCUGAUGAUGAAAUUAUCAACAGCUACAUGGAUCAGAUUUGCCAUAUGGAUGGCUGUAGGUUUUGCUAUAUACUUUGGUUAUGGAAUACGACACAGUUCUGAAGGCAAAAGUGGGCAGAGUGUUCCAUUAUUAGAAGAUUCGUCAUCAGAUCACGAGGAUUGAAAUCAUUUACAAUAUACAGGUUGUGCCAAAAUUGUAUAUUUUUGAUACAGAUUUAAAAAUUGUGUUUUUAUUGCAUCAUGGUCAGGGCUUUUCCAGAAUUGAUUGAAUGAAAGGGGGAGUGGGGGGGGGAUGGGUUGAAAGGUUAUUUCAGCCUUAACAAUUAUAUGAAAUAAUCAAUAAAAAUUUUAUGUAUGUUUUGGUUAAAUAAAAAGUGCCUAACAAACACCCCCUACAUUUAUUUCUGGGAAAGCCCUCAUCUCUUUGAAUAUUAGAUUUGAUAGAUUAAAAAAAUUGACUGUUAAUAACAAUUACGCUGCCAAAUUUUAUUGUAGAUUUUUUUUAAUCAUGUUUUGUCAAAAGAUAAUUAUAUUAAAUGAUUUUUGUUCA